AGAUGUCGCGAUAUUUUAUAAACUCGAUUUAAGUAACUACGCGAUCAUACCUGUCUGGUAGCCUUGUACUCGAACGCCUUUAUCUCUGAAGAAUUCUGUGCGAUCUGGAAGUGCACCUAACAAUUGACCAGGGAUGGAUAUUCUAACUGUCUUGCCGUCCAAUUUUGGAUAUGUCAUAUUCACUUACAUCUACAGCUGGAUUAUGCUUGCAUAUCUAGCUAUAAAAGUUGGAGGAGCCAGGAAGAAGUACGACGUUAAGUACCCUACAAUGUACAGUGACAAAGAGCAAGUGUUCAACUGCAUCCAGAGAGCCCAUCAGAACACCCUUGAGGUUUACCCUCAGUGGCUUGUUUUCCAGACCAUCGCAGCCCUCGUCUACCCGUUAUCAGCAUCAGUGUUGGGAGCUAUUUGGGUUACCAGUCGGUUUUCAUAUGCCUGGGGCUAUUACACUGGAGAUCCCGCUAAGAGAAUGAAAGGUGCCUAUGGCUAUAUUGGAUACUUUGGAGUCAUCUUUCUGUCCAUAUCUGUAGCCUUGCAGUUGCUUCGAGUUUUUUGAAAUCUUUGUCACAAAAUAUUCCUUUCAUCUUUUACUCAGUUAUACUGAGUAGCAUGUUGCUCUCACAUAUUUUAGUUUGUAACACUGAACUACAGCUAUUGAAAAAACAUCUUAUAGUCUAAAGAUUGCACUGUUUUGACUGAUGGAUUGACAUAAUUACUGUAAAUUCAAAGGAGAGGACAACACCUUUAUGAUUUGUUACCAUCAGAAGUAAUAUUGUUUCAUAUAUUGAAUCAAAACAUUGCAUUUUUCUGAUGUGUAAUAGUGGAGAAAAUAAUUAAAAGGCAGUAUUUCCUGGAA